CUCUGGACACAAAACUUCAGCCAUGAAGGUGACAGCCAUCUUUCUUCUCAGUGCCUUGGCCCUGUUGAGUUUGUCUGGUAACGCUAAAGCUGAUGUCCCAGGAACAAAGGCUGUAUGUAACAGUAAUGUGAAUGGAUGCCCCAGGAUCUAUGACCCCAUCUGUGGGACUGAUGGGCAUACUUAUCCUAAUGAAUGCAUGUUAUGUAUGGAAAAUAAGGAGCGGGAGGUUCCUGUCCUCAUUAAAAAACAUGGGCCUUGCUGA